AACACAGAGUGCAAUGAACAGUCUGUCCUCUUAGUGCUUGAUGAAUGAUGUUCCAAACACCUCAGUCAUGAACACAUACCGUAUAAUAGCCUGGCUAACUAAAACAAAUAAACAUGACGGGAAAAUCGUUAUGAUAUUUCCUACAGCAUUUGAAGGCACCAUGAGUGUCUUCCGGUUUCGUUAUUCAAGUCUGUGUGGGUGGAAAAUAGCUUUCGACAAGUACAACUGUAGCCCGAGACGUUUAUAUUUGUGAUAAAUGGCCUCCACACUCGCAAAAGACUAUUUAGCAGACCGGCUGUCGAAGCUGAGUGAGAGAGAGUUCAGAAGUUUCUACCUGAGGCUGCUGCUGGACCGAAAAGUGUCGCGGGAUGUUUUGAGAUCUGGGAUAAGCGACCGCAGAAAGUUGGCAGACAUCCUGGUUACAACCUUCACCGAGGAUGGUGCUCUGAAAAUGACUGAAGAAAUGCUGAAGCAGACUGAAUCCGACUACAAGGCACGCAAAACAAAAAGUCACUAUGUGGAUGAUUACAGAAAAGUGCUGAUCUACAGAGUGAGACAUGUUGAACCAAUUUUGGACGAGCUCCUUUCCAGAGGGGUUAUUGACCAGGACAAUUAUGAUGAGAUCAGCGCUCUCCUGACCUCGAAGGACAAGAUGAGGCAGCUCCUUGGUUUUCUGAAAUGUGAUGAAGACAAAGACAUCUUCUGCAGCAUCCUUGAGGAAAAAGAUAUGUUGCCGGCGGUGGCGGAACAUGAGCAAGGUCCAAGAAUUGAACGUCAGGGGAGUGCUAGCAGACAUGGAUACCAGAGCAUGUUUUUGAUGCAUUUUGAUGAUGAAUUAAUGGCUUGGCCUUUUAAAAGUAGUCAAAGAUCCCCUGAGGCUUACUGGAUUAAAGUGGAGCCUGAAGUGAAUGUGGAUGUGGAGGAUGCUCCAAUUUACAGCCUCCAGUCCGAAGCAGGUCACUUUGAAUGCAGUGUCUCUGGCUUUCGCUGGGUUUGUAAGAAGAAGGUGAGCUUCAGGUACCACUUUGGCUCCUGGGAGGAGCACAUAGGAAGAAUGGAAACCAUGCAGUACAACCCCGGAGGUCCCCUAAUAAACAUCACAGUCGAUAGUGGAAAGUUUGAUGAAGCUUAUCUGCCACACUGGAUCUGCACAGAAGACAGCCCUGGGAUUUUAGACCAGAUUAGAGUCCUACACAUAGAUACCUGUGGUGACUAUGUGGAACAAGUGUCUGAGGUCACUCCAUCACAUGUCAAGCUGUCUCAGCCAAUUUUCUCUCCCAGAGGAGUCUUGAUGAGAGCCGGCUUUCCAGUGAAAAUUAACUGUAAAGUGUUAAUAUACAAGACCAACAAAUCGUUCCUCACUCUACACGUCUACCUGAUCCCUCGAGAUCCUGCUCUACAACAGACAAUAAAAAAUAUUGAGUUACCCAGUGGAAGCAAAAUGAUCCCAAAGCCAUACCCACAGAAGUCCCUGAAGAUGCGUGAUCGCUUCGUCCUCUCAGCCGACGUGGACGCCGCAGAAAUUUACCCUGAAAAUUUAAAGCUCAGAUAUGACGGCUGUGACCCAAACUUCUUCGAAGUGUUCAUUGAAAAUCCAGACAAGCAGUUCUUGCUCACACUCGGACACGGAUCUGUACCAGUAUGGACCUCUGUAAUUCGACAAGAUGAUUAUAAAUACACUGGAGAUUUUCAGGGGAAGUAUGAAGAGGAGCUUACCAAAGUGAGAUCUCAACUUGUGAAGAGAGUUUCAAGAGAAGUGAUUAAUCAGCUGCUGGAUGACCUUUUAAAGGAUCAAGUCUUAAAUGACGAGGAGAAAGACUCGAUACUUGACGAGAACAACACCUGUGCAGACAGGGUGCGCUGCGUCGUCGACGUGGUGAAGAAGAAAGGACGCGAAGCCAGCAGGAAGCUUUUUACUCACCUUCAGAGCAGAGACCCUACACUCUGUGCUGAGCUGGGGCUGUCCUGUGGCCUCCCUGUUUAGCCAGUGUUCAAGCAGAGCAGGAGAGGAAAUGAACAAAGAAGUUGCCCCUAGUUUAUGCCACAGCUGUCCUUUAUCAACAUCAUUAGUAGUUACCGUUUUUUUUAAUGUUUCUGUAAUGGUUAAUACAGCAGUAUGUAGAAGCUCUUUAACAGAAAUUAUAUUUUUAAUGCUAAAAUAUAAUUAUUGUUAUCCAUGAACCUUCAAAUUUACUGUUUUACUAAAAAAUCUGUAAAUAUAGUCAAGCACAUUAUUAUUUCUUGUUUAAGAUGUCAAAUUAUAGUUAUUUACUUGAAUUCCUGAACAGAAAAAUUAGUUUUAGUGGUUGAAUGUUCUGCUUGAUUAAUUUCUGACUUCUUCAAUGUGCCAGCUUAAAUCUUGCUAUAAAAAGGUGCAUUCAGUUUGUUGCCAGAUAAAUAACAAUAACAUUUUAGUUUUAAACAAGCGUUUGAAAGAUUUCUAAAAUAUUUGUUUUCUUGUUUUUAUGACAGGUGGUCUAAUGAAUUUGUUGUCUCAUUUAUUUUAUUUAUUUUUUAUUUUUUUAUUUUUAUUAUUAAUCCAUAAAACAAUGUGAAAGAGGUCACUUGACUUACCCACAGUUUGCAGCUGCUCCUGUUUGCAAAACACAACAGCUCUACCGUGAAAAAUUAUUAACUGGCACAAUAAAGACUAGACGCCGUCACCAACCACAACGCCAAAUCAGGCCGGUGGCCCCUUCCCUCACCUACUUCUAAUAGAAUAAAACAUAUAAAAACCUGGAAAAGUGUUAAAAAGCCCAUCUGGUUUAGUUGCUGCUGCAGUGGGAGUCUCCAGGACCACAUACAUGAAAAAGGAGACUCCAUCAUGAUGUCAUCAGCAUGGAGUAUUAAGCAGCUAAAGAGCUACAAAUCAGGAGAAUAUGAAGAACUGGAUGUCUAAAUGUAGACGAUACCACAAAAAAAACCUUCCAAUAGGAAUCUAAUGAAUGUAUUUAUUUUGUUUGUUUUUGUUUAUAAAAUCUGCAAGAUUUCUUCAAAUAUCAUUAUUUCCACCCCUUACAUAUCUGCACUAUUGCUUGCUUUAAUUACCUUUGUUUGCAUAAACAUGAUUUUGUAAUCAGAUUUAAAUAAAUUAUUUUUUAUUAAAUUGUUGUGCUUGAUAAUAUCUUUUAAUAUCCUCUGGUAGAACCCUGAUAUUCCAGACAUUUUAACUUAAUGUUGUUACAUUAUCUCAUAAAACAGUACACAGGUUAAUGCUACAGAAUGAACACAAAUAUAUUGAGUUUCUGUUUGAUUUGCAAAAAAAACUAAACACAGACAGAAAGUUAAAUGAAAUUCCUCAACUCAUUCAAGAAAGGGGUCGAAAUUUGAAAU